AUGCGGUGCACGUCAGAGGACAAAGCCAGUGGUGGUACCACGCCCCUGGAGGGAGGUGGAGCUCUGCAAGAGGCCUUGGAUGCUGACCGAGCUGUGCUGCAGAAGAUGAGGAAAGCAGCCAAGGCGGAGCACAGCUGUGGACAAGACCUCAUCAGCCACCUCGAAGCCCACAUUGCUGCCCAGGAGAAGUUCUCAGCCAACUACCAGCUGGAGGGUGAGGAGCAGCUGGCCAGCGCCUUUAGCACCUUUGCUGCCUUCUCCCGGGAGAUGCUGACCUCUAUCAGGAGCUUGUGGCAGAGUUUGUACUACAACAUUAACUUUUCCCUGGAGUCAUUAAUAAAGGGUGACAUGAAAGAGCUCAAAGGGGAGUUCAAGAAGCCCUUUGAGAAGGCCUGCAAAGACUAUGAGAGCAAACUCGCCAAGAUUGAGAAGGAGAAGCGUGAGCUGGCGAAGCAGCACGGCAUGGUGCGGAGCGAGGUGAGUGGGGGCGAGAUCGCCGAGGAGAUGGAGAAGGAGCGCAGGAUCUUCCAGUUGAACAUGUGUGAGUAUCUAAUCAAAGUGAAUGAGAUCAAAACCAAGAAAGGGAUUGACCUGCUGCAAAACCACAUCAAGCACUGCAGCUCUCAGUUCAAUUUUUUCCAGGAAUGUUUAAACACAACAGCAAAACUUAAGAAGUUUACAGAGAAGCUCAUCCCAGAGCUGCAGAGUAUGAAGAUCAGGCAGGACGAGGAGAAGAAGCAGCUCUGCUCUCUGCGGGAUCAGCUGAAAUCGGUGUUGCAGCUGGAGCAGAAAGAGGACCCUGGGAACAAGCAGGCAGGGUACAACAUGCACCAGCUGCAAGGGAACAAGCAGUACGGCACGGAGAAGUCAGGGACCCUCUUCAAGAAAAGCGAUGGGUUGAGAAAAGUCUGGCAGAAGAGGAAAUGCACCAUCAGCAAUGGCUACCUGACCAUCUCUCACAGCGUGCUCAACCGCCCACCAGCCAAGCUGAAUUUACUGACCUGCCAGGUGAAGCCGAACACGGAUGACAAGAAAUGCUUCGAUCUGGUUUCCCACAACCGGACAUACCGCUUCCUGGCAGAGGACGAGCAGGACUGUGUCGCCUGGGUGUCCGUCCUCAGCAACAGCAAGGAGGAGGCACUGAACGUGGCCUUCAGCAAGGCGCAGAGUGGAGGGGAGAGCAGCCGGGAGGAGCUGACUCGGGCCAUCAUCGAGGAGGUCAGAGGCAUUCCCGGGAAUGGGGAGUGCUGCGACUGCUCUGCGCCAGAUCCCACUUGGCUCUCCAUUAACUUGGGCAUCCUGAUCUGCAUUGAGUGCUCUGGGAUUCACAGAGAGAUGGGUGUGCAUCUGUCCCGCAUCCAGUCGCUGUCUCUGGACAAGCUGGCAACCUCCGAAUUACUGCUGGUGAGGAAUAUCGGCAACUCUGGCUUCAACGACAUCAUGGAAGCGAAUCUCCCCAGCUUUUCCCUGAAGCCCACGGUGCACAGUGACAUGGCCUUUCGGAAAAAUUUCAUCAUUUCCAAGUAUGUCAAGAAGAAAUAUGCCAAGAAGAGCUCUGCUGCUCAGUGCUCCAGCCUCCCAGAAGCUGUGAAGGACAAGGACAUACUUUCUUUGCUCCAAGCAUAUGCAGAGAACGUGGAUUUGAGCGAGCCUGUGCCGACACCUCUGCAGGAACCUGGGGAAACCAUUCUCCACCUGGCAGUGGUGUUGUCUGAUCGAACCUCUUUGCAUAUCGUUGAUUUUCUUGUCCAGAACAGCGGAGGUCUGGGAAAGCAGACGGCGGAGGGAAACACGCCGCUUCACUACUGCUGCUCUCACAACAAACCCGAGUGUGUCAAACUGCUGCUGAAGGCCAAAGCCAACAUCACCAUCCCUAACGAAGCAGGAGAGACAGCCCUGGAUGUUGCCAGGAGGAUGAGACAUCCCCUGUGUGAAGAGCUGCUGCUGCAGGCCCAGAGCAAUCAGUUCAACCCCCAUGUCCACGUGGAGUAUGAGUGGUGGCUGCGCCAAGACGACAUGUAUGAGAGCGAUGAAGACCUGGACGAGAAGCUGGGUCCUGUGAAGAGGGGCUCUGCUCGUUCCCAAAGCUGCUACCACCCCUCUGCCGCUGUGCCGCCGGCCCCCUCCUACGCGCCCCCACUCCCGCCCCAGCGAGCAAAGCCAGCUCCCCAGGGGGCAUAUCCACCCUUCCUUACCGGCUCGUUUGUCUUUGCUGAGGACACAAGAAGCGGGAGGAGUCCAUCCCUGCCUCUCAGCAUCAAACACAAGCGCACAUCCUCGGAGCCUGCGCCCUGGGUACCGCUCAGCCCUGAGCAGCCCAGCCUGACCAGCCUGGCUUCAGGUGCCCUGAAAGCCACGGACCCCCUCUGCACACCUGGCCCCGGCAAAGUGGGACAGCCUGGCCCACAUGGAUGCCUCCAGGAGCCAGAUCCAUGUUCUAGCCGUGCCUGGGAUGUCCCACCUCUUCUUCCUCGGAGGAGCAGUUUGAAGAGACUGCUGCUCUGCAGGGUCCGUGCUCUCUAUGACUGCGAUGCUGACCGGGAAGACGAGCUGACUUUCCGCACAGGCGAGAUCAUUGUGGUGUCUGAAAAAGAAGACAGCAACUGGUGGAAAGGGUGGAUUGAAGGACAGCCCCACAGGCAAGGUGUCUUCCCUGCUUCAUUCGUUCACGUGCUCAAUGAGUAG